AUGGAGUUGGUGUCUGUUUUCCAGGCCUCGAUUAUUUCUCGCGCCAGUCUGUUUUCCGCUCGACCGAGCACUUUGGCGCCGUCAAAGUCAAACCGAGAUGCGAAGGAGGCAUUCAGAGGAGAAUUAAACUCCAUCUUCCCACAAAUCCAAUUCACAAUGGAGGAAGAAAAGUACGGAACGCUCUCUUUCUUCGACGGGCGGGUAACGAGGCAGGAAGAUGGAACCCUCCAGACCGGUGGUUUCCGAAAAGCUACAAACACAGAGAAAAUACUCCACUACAACAGCAACCAUCCGCUGUCGCAUAAACGCAGUUGCGUCCGGACACUUUUCCGCCGCAUCAACACGCACUGCAGCACAGAGGCCGAGAAGCUACAAGAGCGUGCGUCCCUGUGGCACCUCUUCAUUGUCAAUGGAUACCCACGUAGCUUCGUAAACAAAUAUCUGUUCCAAAGACACACAAAGACUUACGGUGAGGCGAAACAAAAACCUGAGGUACUCCGUGUCUUGCCCUACAUGAGGAACGUCUCUGAGGCCACUGAGCGUAUGCUAAGACCACUUAACGUGGGCGUUGGACACCGACCGGAAGCCACCAUCCGCCGAUUAGUCAUGCAGCCAAAGGGUAGGCUGCCCCCUGAGGACAUGUCCGGUGUCAUUUACCGCGUCAACUGCCUAGACUGUCAGGCCAACUAUUGCGGCAUGACAAACAAACGACUUAAAACGCGCAUACAUGAGCACACCUUAGCCGUCAAGCGGAAAGAUGCGCGCUCACACGUUGCCAUGCACAGUCUGGAUAAUGACCACCGGUUUGAAUUUGACGGCGCCCAAGUGCUCGGUCGAGCGGAAAACAGACUGGCGCGAGAAAUAAUCGAGGCCUGGAAAUCAGACACCAACUCCAUCAACCGCUGCGUCGAACUACCGGCACCAUACGAGGCCGCCAAACACCAGCUACGCACCAGGGGAGGCCCAAUGAGGAUAGAAGUUGACGGCCCUAUCAGGCGAGAGCGAGAGGGACCUAUUUAA